AUGCAUUUCUGUGCCCCACGCACCCUCAGAACCUUAGGUGAGCCCAUUCUCCAGUGUUGGAGUGACCAUCUUGUUUAUAACUGUCGCCUGAAACACAUGUGUUCAACUUGUGGGGGCCCCAUGGGAUCCUCUUGCGACAUGGCUAUGGAGGAAGUGGCCAAAUCAGUACUUUUCCCUUGUAAAUAUGCCUCUUCUGGAUGUGAACUAACCGUACCACACGCAGAGAAAGCAGCCCCCGAAAAGCUCUGUAAGUUUCGGCCUUACUCCUGCCCAUGCCCUGGUCCUUUCUGUAGGUGGCAAGGGCCUUUGGAUGCUGUGACACCCCAUCUGACCCAUCAGCACAAAUUCAUCAGAACCCUACAGGGAGAUGAUAUAUUUUUCAUUGCUACAGACAUUCAUCUUCCCGGUGCUGUUAACUGGGUGAUGAUGCAGUCUUGCUUUGGCUUUCACUUCCUGUUAAUUUUGAAGAAACAGGUAAAAUACAUUGGUCAUCAGCAGUUCUUCGCCAUCGUACAGCUGAUAGGGACACGCAAGCAAGCUGAAAGUUUUUCUUAUCAACUUCAGCUGACCGGCUGUAAGCGGCGAUUGAUUUGGGAAGCCACUCCUCGAUCUGUUCAAGAGGGAAUUGCAACAGCCAUUAUGAACAGUGACUGCCUCGUCUUUGACACCAGCAUGGCACAGUUUUUUACAGAAGGUGGCAAUUUAGUCAUCCGUGUAACUAUUUCUAAGCGUUGA